AUGCCUGGAUUUUCUACAGAAGAUUCUGGCACAUCGCUGAAUAAUACAAGAUUCAACAAGAAGAACAAGAAACAACAGUCAAUGGACGCUCACGAGACCCUCGGUGAGAAGAACACGGAGAAAAUGAAACAGACCAAGCACCACAGCAAGAGGAGGAGCUUGGAAAACCUCCAAGACUGCACCGGUCAUAAGAAAACAAACACUAAAGUGGUUAUGGAACCCAAAAAGCAGAGGAAUAACUUAAAAACCAAGACGCGGAUGAGGAUGGAAUAUUUGUAUCCGAUUAUAGACCCCAACAAGAAGAGGAAGAAGCAGGACAUGGAGGGCGAUGAAAACCAGAACAAGAAGACCAAGAAAGACACGGAAGACCACGAGAAGCAGUACAAGAACACGAAGAAGGACACAGACGACCACGAGAAGCAGGACAGGAAGACGAAGAGGGGCACAGAGGACCACAAGAACCAAGACAAGAAGAGGAAGAAGGACACGAAGGAUCACGAGAAGCAGGAAGAGAAAAGCAAGGACAAGGAAGAUCACGAGAACCAACACAAAAACACCAAGGGAGAAGGCAGGAAAAACCGAAGGAAAGGGUGGAAUAUGGAGUGCUGUAAACGGAUUAAGGACUGCAUCAAGAAAUGGAACAAGAAGGAUAAUGAAGACUACGAGGAACAGGCCAAAAAGAGCAGCACGGAGAAACGUGAGAGCCAGGCCAAGAAGAGGAAAGGUAAGAGUAUUGAAGACCAUGAUAGCCAGGCCAAGAAGAGAAAGGGGCAGGGCAAAGAGGACCAUGACACCCAGGUCACGAAGAAGUUGCACGACAAGGAGGAACAUGACAGUCAGGCCAAGAAAAGAAAGAGGCAGGACAAGGAGGAAGAUGACACCCAGGCCAAGAAAGUGAAGAGGCAGGACAAGGACAAACAUGACACACAGGCCAAGAAAAGGAAGAGGCAGGACAAGGAGGAACAUGAAACCCAGGCGAAAAAGGGGAAGGGGGAAGAGAAAGAGCCAAAGAAGAGGAGGCCGCUGGAGAAUUAUAAGCGUAUCCUUGAUCACCUCAGGAAGAGGGGAGGGCGGGACAGCAGCAACGUGCUGAAGCUGAAGGUGGAGGCCGAAAGAGUCAAAAAGAAGAGGAGUGUGAGCGAGUACUGCCGUGUUCAUCUUGAGGAAGGACACAUGACGGAUGCUGUCCAUGAGCCGCCUGCAGGAGGCUGA